AUGGAGAUUGAAAUUGUAACAACAACGGACAAGAAUAUUGGAAAAAUUAAAGUUACAGAUGCUUCUCAAGUUAGUGAUAUUAAGAAAAGCAUCAGCAAAGUAAAGUCUGCUUUAUAUCCAGACAGACAAUCUAUCAGACUUGAAGCUAGAGGAAAAAGUUUAAAGGAUACUGACAAAGUUAAAGAUUUAGGAUUAAAAAAUGGAUCAAAACUUUAUGUUAAAGACUUGGGCCCUCAAAUUGGAUGGUCUACUGUAUUUAUGGCCGAAUAUGCUGGUCCUAUAUUUGUAUAUUUAAUAUUUUAUGCACGAUCCAGUCUGUUGUAUGGGGCAACAGCUAAUCAAAAAAUGUCACAAGUGGCUGAAGUUGCUGCUUACUGUUGGUCAUUCCAUUAUGCAAAGCGUGUGCUUGAAACACUGUUUGUACAUCGUUUCUCUCACAACACUAUGCCAAUAAUGAAUCUGUUUAAAAACUGUACGUACUACUGGGGCUUCACUGCUUUUGUUUCAUACUUUGUUAACCAUCCAUUGUAUACUCCACCAUGUACAAUUCAAUUUUACAUUGGUCUUGGUACUUUUAUCUUUUGUGAAUUAGGAAACUUAAGCAUUCACAUUGCAUUGAGAAAUCUUCGUCCACCUGGUACUAAAGUCAGGCGUAUACCAGUUCCCACUACAAAUCCUUUUACACUUCUUUUUAACUUUGUUUCUUGCCCUAACUACACUUAUGAGGUUGGUAGUUGGAUUGGAUUUACCAUAAUGACAUCUUCAUUUUCAGCUGGAUUAUUCGCUUUCGCUGGAUUUUACCAAAUGGCUGUAUGGGCUCUUGGCAAACACAGGAAUUACAAAAAAGAAUUCUCUGACUACCCGAAAUGUAGAAAGUCAAUCAUACCAUUUUUACUUUAA